AUGGGAUUCAAGCACAAAUUCUCCACUCAUGUGACUUGGCAGCUAACAAGACUACCAGGGACUCAAUGCACUUGGAGCAGGGGUAUCUGGUUCUCUCAGGCAAAUCCCAAAUUUGCUUUCAUGGCUUGGUUAGCGCUGCGGGAUAGGCUUUCCACCAUGGAUCGAGUUUCGAACUGGAGUCAAGGGGUGGACACGGCCUGUGUACUUUGCAAAAAUGCUACUGAAACAAAGAAGCACAUUUUCUUUGAGUUCAGCUUCUCCUCACAUAUUUGGAAAACUAUCACCAAAGGAAUACUGCUCAACACUUACUCUACUAGUUGGGAUGACAUUAUCAGGCAGAUCACAAACCAGUCUAUGGAGAAGAAGAAGAGGUUUGCUCUUCGCUAUGCUUUUCAGACUGCCUUGUACAUGAUCUGGACAGAACGCAACAAGAGGCGUCAUGGUGAACAGCCUCUCCCAUUACUGGUCUUGGCAAAGCUGAUAGAUAAAGCUAUCAGGAACAAGCUCAGUUUGGUGCAGUCCAAAGGAGUAAGGGGGUUGGAAGGUAUGCUGCAGUACUGGUUUGUCACAAGGACGUAA